ACAUAUCAACAUAACAAUUCGACAAUAGUUUUAAGUAUAACAAAUAACAAUAGUCAAUAAAAUAAAUAUGAUUUAUAAUAUCUGUACUUACCUAUACUGUUGUUACAUUCGCUAUUAUUAAAGUUUUACCAUAGCUUAAUAAUAAUUCACAUAGAUAUGUAGUUAUAGUAUAUAAAUGUUAUUUCAAGUAUUUUUACUUUUCAAGUUCAAGUAAAUAUGGACGAUCAAAACAUUAUGGACCUUGUGGAGAGUAGUGAUGAGGAAAGUCCAUCAUUAUCAAAAAUAUUGUCUGUUGAAGAUAUGCUUUUAGGAAAAGGCAGACAAGAAAAAUCGUUGGGCAACCUGGCCACCAAGUUUGCUGAUCUUCUUAGAAAUUCUCCGGAUGGAGUAAUGCAUUUAAACAAAGCUACUGCUAUGCUCGCUGUUAAACAAAAAAGAAGAAUUUAUGAUAUUACAAAUGUGCUAGAAGGUAUUGGUUUAAUAGAAAAAAAGACCAAAAAUCAAGUUAGAUGGAGGGGAGUUGAAACAAGUGAAGAUGAUAAGACUGCUGCAACCAGAACAAAACUUCAAGAAGAAAUACAAACUUUAAAGUGGCAAGAAGAUAUUCUGGAUAAGCAAUUAGAGAUUCUUAGUCGUGAUUUUAAAGUGCUUAAGGAAGAGAAAUCUUUUGCUCGUUACAUGUAUUUAUUGAGUAGUGAAAUCUCCAAUAAACAAGAAAAACGAUCAGUUUUUACUGUACAACCUAUGGAAGCACUUAGAGGAGCUAGUAUUUCUAUACCAAGAACCAAAUUUAAUCGCAACUAUAGUAUUAAACCCUAUGAUAACAGUAUGCCCUUUAGGAUACAUUUUAAUUCUAAAACUGUACCAGUCAACAUGAAUCUUAUUUCGUUCAAAGCAUUUGGUCAACUUGAGAAUAAAAGAUGUGUUCCGGAAACCAUUAGUAAGUUAAGAAAAAUACCUCGCACUAAUUAUUCUGAUGAUGUAAAAAGUAGUACUAUACACAAUAAUGAAGAAUCUGAUGAUAUGGAAGAAAUUAUUGUACUGAAUAAAGAAGGUAAACAGGUUGAAAAAAAUUUAAAUUGUGAUACACUAGAUGAUAAUGGAACUAAGUCUUAUGCUAGAGUUUGUCCACGUUAUGAUCCAAUCUUCAGGUUGAGCCCACCUCCGCCAGUGAAUACUUUUCCAUGUUUAAUUGACCCUUCUGAAGGCGCAUUUGAAGCUUUUGAUAUUAAGCCCAAAUAUUAAGAGUUAAUACCUAUUCAACAAAUGUUUACAAAAUAUUGAUUACAUCACUCGAAUGUUUUAAUUUACCAUGUUAAUAAAUUACCAAGAUAUUGUAUUUUUAA